AUGGGUAUGUCAACUCUCAUCGUCCAGAUCUCCGCUGGUCUUGGGCUGUACAUCAUCUGCCUCACCUUUCUUGCCCUCAGACGCCGUUUUAAAAACGCCCGUUUCUCCCGCGAACAUGGAUGUCUUCCUCCAUCACAGGCUCCUACAGAUUGGACUUUCAACAUCUCCCGUCCUUUCAUUCUCUCCAAGGUACGGAAGGCACAUAAAUUUAUGCCUACCCAGCAAGAGUCAUUCCACAGGAAUGGAAACACAUUUGCAUUCUCCAUUGCUGGGAAACGAUUGAUCAUGACCUGUGAGCCGGAGAACAUGAAGGCUAUAUUGGCAACACAGUUCAAGGACUUCGAACUGGGAAAGCUUCGACAUGAUAAUUGGGGCGAAGUUCUAGGUGACGGAAUCUUCACAGUUGAUGGACACCAAUGGGAACACUCCAGAGCAAUGUUGAAGCCACAAUUCAAUAAGAACCAAAUCACAGACCUCGAAGAUCUUGAGACUCAUGUACAGAAUCUCUUCUCAAGACUAUCGCUCGCAGAGAACGGUGGGAGUGUUCUGAAUCUACACGAGUAUUUCCUAAAUUUCACACUCGACUUUUCAACUGCAUUCUUGUUCGGCAAGUCUGUUGGUUCACAACUCUGUCAAGGCCAGACUUCUAAAUUUGCACAAGAUCUCGAUUAUGCCCAGAAGGUCAUCUCUUUCAGAGUCAGUCUUGAGAAUUUCUGGUGGCUUUAUCGCCCAAAGAAGUUCACGAAGGCUGUGGCAGAUGUGCAAGCCUUCAUAGGUGAGUCUGUGCAGCAGGCUCUCGACAAACAGAAAUCGGAAAAAGGCAAGACUAGUGAGAAAUAUGUCUUCCUUGAGGCGUUAGCUCGCGAAACACAGGAUCCCGUUGUACUAAGGGACCAGAUGAUGAACAUUCUUGUGGCGGGAAGAGACACUACUGCCGGAUUUCUUUCCUGGAUUGUCUACUCUUUAGCUCGGAAUCCAAGGGUCUGGGAUAUUCUUCGCCGAGAGAUCCUGACCGACUUCGGCCGCGACACACCGACAUACCAGCAACUGAAGGACGCAAAGUACCUUAAAUGGGUACUCAAUGAAGUCCUUCGACUCUAUCCCCUAGUCCCUACCAACUUCCGGUAUGCAAACAAAAACACUACCCUUCCUCUUGGUGGCGGCCCCGACGGGCUUUCUCCAAUCUUCGUCGAAAAGGGAGAGCGUUGCGUCUAUAGCGUCUAUUCCGCUCACCGCCGUAAGGAUAUUUACGGUGAGGAUGCGGACAUCUUCCGACCCGAGAGAUGGGGUGAAGGAAAGCCUAGGGGUUGGGAGUUUUUGCCAUUCAACGGCGGGCCUAGAAUAUGCUUGGGACAACAACUCGCAUUAACGGUUGCUUCAUAUGUUAUUGUGCGGAUGGUGCAGAACUUUGAGAGGAUAGAAAAUGCGGAUACAAAUAAAGAGGAGCUCGGCGAUUUGACGCUGACAUUCAUGCCCUAUCCGGGUACUCUUGUAAGGUUAUUUAAAGAUCCUGAGACUUGA